AUGGCCAGUUUACCUCCAGAAGCGCUUGCGCUGCUCGUUCCUGUCAAUCCGGUGCAGUACGAGAUCAUCGAUGCUAUCAUCACCUUUGCGGUCUAUGCGGGUUUUGCCAUCGGUGUCGUCUCCGUCGAGUGGGUCGCCAACUGGGCAAAUGAGAUCAGACUUCUUCGCGCGAAUUGGAGGUGGAGCAACGCCCUCUACUUUGUUUGUCGGUGAGUGUUCUGUUCUUCUUUGCUCAUUGCCUGCCUGUUAUUCUCCAAUGGCACAGCCACAAUUCUCUUUUUUUGCAUCGGUGCUGACCAAAUGCUUGACGCAUCCUACCAUUUCCCCCCCCUUGUCCGCACGCCGUGAACAUCUCUUGCACAUCGCACUGCAGGGCUUGCUCCCUCGUCCUCUGCGCCUGCAUCACGUACUCGCUUGGUGCAAGUCCUCACUGUCGAAACGGCGUGUUAUCACUCUACAUUCCGCAGGCUGUCACCCACGCUGCCGGUGGCAGUAUUUUUAUUCUGCGCACCAUGGCCAUUUGGGGUGAGUUGGGCUAAUUGGCACAACGUCUUGACGGCAAUGCCAAAGAGAACGAAGGACGACACGGCUGACGCAAUGUUCUUGCCGCCCAUGUGCUUGCUUCAAACCAAAGACUGGAACAAAGUUGUGCUAUUGAUGCUUGUCAUCAGUCUGAUGGCCACAGUAGGCUGCAUGGUAGGGGUUGGCUACACGCAGCUCAUCGCCACGCCCAAUCCGAUUGGAUUGCACAGCUGCCUCUUGACCUUGGACCCGCUACAAGUAGUGACAUAUUGGGUACCCGCCGUUUUCGACACAAUGGUUCUGGUCUUCACCAUCAUCGGUCUGCGUCGUAAGCCGGUGGGAGCGAUGCGCAAGAAGCUCCUUCAGCCUACCGUUCUCUGGUACUCUGUCGUCACCGCGUCCUACUGGAUCGUCGGUAUCUGGACGCUGACAGUUCCAGACAAGGUGUCAUUGUUCGGAGGGGUUUGGACAGCUGUUGUCGCACCCAUUGCAUAUUGCCGCGUCUUCCUUGACCUUCGUCAAGAUUCGCAAUUGGGCCGGACGAGCAACAAUCAACACUUGGGCAGCAGCAGCAAUGGAACCAACUCACGUUCUAUCGGCCUUUUCAGUAAUCGUAGCGAGAGCAAGGGCAAACAAUUUGGAAGUCCCUCUUUCGAUCGUUCUUUUGUCCAGCAUCCCGAAGCCGCUGCAAACAAUUUCCGAAAUGCCCCGCCUUUGGAGCAAAUCCAUACGGAAAAGCGCAAUCGAUCUGGAUCUCAGCCGCAUGGCGCAUGGCAAGUGCAUAGCCCGCAUCAACAGGCAAAUGGUGCAUCGAAGAUGGGUAAUGACAUGGAGCAAGAGGGCGAGGGGGGAUUCGCACUCGAACAGAUUUCUGCACCAUCGCCCCUUUCGUCCAACCGACUCAGGCAGGGAGAGGCUGCUGAAGCAGGAGGCGUCCGACUCAACGUCAAUACCGAGGUCUUUCGGAGCGAUCCUGACGAUCAUCACGCUUUUCGUUCUAGAGACGUGCCACUUUCGGAUCUUCACUCCACGAUAGACACCCGUUCGAGCCCCAGCGCGCCUCUUGCGGAGAUUCAAGCUAGCCACAACAGGUGGACCCGUGAAGCUGAUCGUUGGGCUUGA